CAGGCAGCGAUCAUAGGUCGGACGAAUAACUCCCGGGACGAGACGAAACGAAACGAUAGCAGCAGCAACAGCGACAGYAGCAGCGAGCAACGACGAUCGCGACAAGAAUGACGCCAGAAUUACACGAUAGCACCACAAUACGGCACCCGUUGUUCACCGGACGGGAAACGCCGGAAAGGGCACAAUCUGUUCUCCAGUGUCCGGUCUUGCUCCACCGGAGCAAUGGCAAUGGCAAUGACAAGCAAAGACACAGACACAAACACAGGCGAAGGCACGCAACGAUGGUGGUUCUUCUGGGUUUGAUCGCUCUCUUGGACCACCGGGGGGUUCUCGCCUUCCAGACGCCCUCGCCCCACCACCACGAGAACCACCACGAGAACCACCACAACGGCAACCGCCGGCCGCGAACGGUAGAAGACAAGUCGACCGGAACGGGCUUCCCGAGGACGUCCACCCCCUCCGACCGGGGAGACCGGAGGAGCAGCAUGUUUUCGCCGCAGAAACGCCAGGAGCCCCGGGGGAACGGGCCCAGUGGAGCGGCCGGGGGAAAGAGCCGCCAGAGGGUGGUCCCGAGCAUCUGGGACACCUCCGCCCCGGUUCUGGUGGAGGCCUCGGCCCUCCGGACCUUUGGCUUCGAGCGGCCCGACGUCGAGCGGGUCCAGGUCCUCCUCAAGAAGCACGACGCCGUGGAUCCCUCCAGCGGCAGGAGGCGGUCCUCGGGAGAGCCCCUCAUCGCCCGGGUGGACCUCUGGCACGGGCCGGACUCGACGCCCCAGAACCUCGCCAUCUACCUGGAGGAGGAAGCCGACGAGGACGGCGACGACUACGACGAAGACUGGGGCGCAAGCGGGAGCGCGGCCCAGGGCCAUUCCCCCCGCGAAAGGAGCAGCAGCAACGGCAACGGCAAUGCACACACGUCAAGCGUAGACACCCCCUUUAGCACCAUCAUCGAGACUCCCCAGGGGCACAACACGAUCGCGAUCCGCAACAUCGCCGAGACCUCGGACCUCCUGGCCUGCGUGGAGGGAGAAGAACGCGACUACGACUACGGACACCAAGAGAGCUGGUUCACGCCCAGCGCACCCCCCGCAAGCGACAGCGGCCACAGCCCCCUGCAGUCGGUCAUCCAGCGGCUCAAGGCAACCACCACGCCGCAGCGCAUCGACUCUACCAUCGCCAAUCCCAAGCACACGCAGGGCGAAGGCUACCAGGACUACGAUGACUACGACGAAGACGACGAGGCCAACCAGCCGGUCGUCGGUUCCUGCGCGGUGGAGCUCCCCUCCAACAUUGCCAGCGUCCAGGUCCUGCUGCAGACGCAGUUCAUGCAGCCCCUCCAGGCCCGGAUCGAGCUGGAACUCCGGGAGGGAGACAGCGAGAACACCCCCACCGGCGGCUACAGGGUCGUCAAGAGGACCAUCGUGGAGGUCUUCAGCGAGGACGGGAUGCACCGGCCCUUCUUUGCGGUCCUGGAGGCCCCCCGGAAGGCCGGCUGGUUCGGGAGCGAGAGCGGAGCCGCGCCUCCCUCGCGCUACACCACGAGCAUGCGGGUGGUCAACCUCUCCACCACCGAGUUUCCCCUCUUUGCGACGGUCGAGCCGCACGCCGUCGACGACCACGAGCCCCGGCGGCGGCCGGCCCCGUCCGGGGACCAACGCGGAGAGGAAGCGGGGGACGGCCCGGGCGCUUCCCAGCCCGAGUGGACCCACUUUGGGGGCGGGAGCAGCUUCGACGCCGUGUCCAACUCCACGAUCCUGGACGCGGAGAUCUUGUAGGCCGGCGGUCAAAAAAGAGCGGUCUGGCUGGCUGGCUGGCCUUGUCUAGCAAAACGGGAGGGGACGGACAAUCGAAAACGAAACGAAACGAAACGAAACGAAACAGCUAGGAGGAACACCGCCCGUGAACGAAACACGCACCUAACACGAGAAGUAUCCAUCCAGCGACCAAGUCUUGCAAGGGUGCCGAACCGCCGAGRCCGASCGAGCGAGCGAUUGUCUCUCAAMACCGGUGCCGCUGUGAGCGGGAACGCCAGGCACCAGACACGACGAGAACGGUGGGAAGCGGGGGCGUGGCGCCAUGCAUCCGCGACGAUCAAGAAGCAAACAACGGGAACAGGGAGCGGCGCAACACCCCGCGAGACAACACGAAACGAAACGAAACGAAACGAAACGAAACGAAACGAAACAACACGGUGUGAGACCGCAGAACCCACGGUGCAGGGAAACACCAACCACGAAACCAAAAACAGAAAAAGAGCGCACUUACAGUAGAAACAAUAGUAGUAGUAGUAGUAGCAGGACAAUAGUGUACRGCCCGAACCGAGAUUCGACACGAGUUAACAAAGACAAGAACCAAACCCAACUGCUGGGGUAGCUGACCGUAUUGUAAUACAGUAGUACUACCUAAUGAAACGUUUGCUGAUUGCCACAGUAUUAGUACUUUUUGUAUUUUGGGUUGGCACAGACCCCUGUCGAGGGCCGCGGCUCUACGGGUACGGGGAGUACGGUAUGAUUCUUGGCAACUACCGUAGUUAAAUACUUCCGGUACUGUACUAGUUUUUUUGUGACCCGAUUGGAGAAAAAGACGUAGGAUCCAGUACACAUUCAACGAAAUUAGGACACGUUUGCCCCCGAAACAUGGACCCUUCUACCAUACGUACGUACGUACGUACGUACGAAUACUGGGACCACACGCGAUUCCGUACAUUUCCUCGAUCGAUCAACCACCAUCGGCCAUCAUCCGUUACAGCACGAUACGAUACGAUACGAUACGAUACGAUACGAUACGAAUAUCACGAAACUUCUGCCGCCAAGGCGCAAAGGAACUCAGCCCCGUGGUGGUUGUUCCUUGUUGUUGCGUUCCAACCUGCCGGAACAGACCUGGCCGUUGCACCACMAAAAGCAUUCCCUCCCUCUUCCUCCUCCUCCCUUCCGGUCUACCCACUCACCCCACCCCACCCCACCGCUCCGAGAUGUCGUCGGUGUUUCUCCCGCCCGACAAGACGAGGCUGGUGACGAUUUGUGCACACGGUGCGUCGUGUUUCUUUGUUUGCAGAAUCUUGUUGGCCUCGUGCAUUGUCCCGUGAAACGGCGGUGGCCCGACCGAAUCGCUCGCUUGUUCGGUACGCGUGCUCGUGUGGUGUGGUGUGGUCUGGUCUGGUGUUUCGAACCCUUCUCUCAACGACGACCCCGCCCGUGUUUUUUUCUUGUUUGCGUGUUUUUUUUCUUUUUUUUCCGACAGUCGACCAUGGGUAUGUUUCCAACAGCGUGUGUCCAACGAACCGUGUCCCGCUCGCACCGGAUCCCCCCGCGGGGUCGUGCGGUGCCGGUGCCGAUGCCGAUGCCGACGCCGAUGCGGCAGAAAACACGGAUCGCUCGCUAUCCGCAGAACUUGUGUUUCGUCGUGUGUUCUCUCACCUGCCUUUCUUCCAACCUUGCUCGGCGCCGAUGGUCCACCAACGCACCGCAAACCAUUCUCAAAACGGAACGGGUGCUGGGAUGGUUUUCCGUGGUGCAAACCAACGAAUGACGGCCACAACACCACAUUAACGAACGAACGAAUGAACGAACGAACGAACAAACGAUCCAGGAAAACGACGCUGGCCGACAACCUCAUCGAAUCGAACGGGAUCAUCUCGGAACGCCUCGCGGGGACCCUCCGGUACCUCGACUCGACCGAGGAGGAACAGCGCCGGGGGAUCACCAUGAGGGCCUCGGCCAUCGGCCUCCGCCACGGCUACAGGCCGUCGAGCGCGGCGGCCGCGAACGCUUCCAGGAAGAAGGGCCUCGACCCGGCCUCGGCCUCCCCGAUCGUCGUACACCUCCUCGAUUCCCCGGGCCACACCGAUUUCUCGACCGAGGUCAGCAGCUCGCUCAAGUGCUGCGACGGCUGCCUGCUGGUGGUCGAUGCCGUCGAGGGGAUGUGUGCCCGGACCCAGCAGGUCGUCCGGGAGGCCCACUCCCACCAGCUCGUUCCCAUACUGGUGAUCAACAAGAUYGAUCGCCUGUGCACCAACCUCUCCCUGACCCCCGGRGAGGCCUACGUCAGGCUCCGGUCGCUGAUCGAGACGGUCAACGCGGCCUGUGCUGCCAUGCUGGUCUCCAAGCGGGCCAAGCGCAAGGAGGACGGCGACGGCGAGAGAGGCCACGACGACGAGGAGGACGAGCGGGAGGAGGCCCGGUGGACCUUUGAGCCCCAGAGCGGGAACAUCAUCUUUGCCAGCGCGCUCUUCGGGUGGGGCUUCACCGUUCCGUCGCUGGCCCGGUCGCUCUUCAAGAGCAAGGUCCUCCCCAUCAAGCCGGCGGCGCUGCAGCACUAUCUCUUUGGAGACUUUUACUACAAGGAGGAACAGAAAAAGAUGAUGAAACUCAAGGCGAACCCCGGCCAAGACCACCAGGAGCCCCUCUUUGCCGAGUACGGCCUCCGACCCCUGUGGGAAAUCUACGAGGGCGUGGCCGCGGCGGCUUCCGCGUGCGGCCUCGGGUCCACGAUCUUCUCCGACGGAAGGACCGGAUCCUCGGCGACGGACCACAACAGCAACAACAACGCCAAGAUCCAGGCCGACACCCCGGGGAUGGACCGGGUGCUCCGGGCGAUGCAGACGGGGGGGACGUCCACCGCGGGCGACCUAGCAAYGCCUCACUCCCUCCAGCAGGUCAUGACCCGGACCGGGUCGGCGUCCUCCGAGGAAGCCGUCCUGCGGUCCCUGCUGCGGCGGUUUCGGCCGCUGAGCGAGAUCGUCCUGAACUCGCUGUACGAGCUCUGCCCGCCUCCCCCCGAGGCCUCCGCGGUCGUGCGACCGAGGGCCCUGGCGCUGGCGGCACCGGGYACGAACGGGGGCGAGGCGGGCGGCGAAGCCGGGGAAGCCUUCCAGAGGGUGAAAGAGGCCGUUCGGGUCUGCGACGUGUCGACGGAGGCGCCCGCCGUUGCCUACGUGUGCAAGUUCAUGGCCACGGACCAGUCGCACAUCCGGGAUCCGGGAAGCACCAACGACAACGACGACACCGUCAUCCUGGGACUGGCGCGGGUCCUGAGCGGUCGGCUGAAAACGAACAGCAGCUACCACGUCAUGGGACCCAAGCACAAGUUCCACGACCCCGGCACGAUWAAGAGCCGCCCGAUCCGGCUGUUUUUGCUCAUGGGGUCCUCCUUCGUUCUGGUAGACGAGGUCCCCGCCGGCCAUCUCUGCGCGAUCCAGAACCUAGAAAACGCCCAGUACAAGACAGCCACCAUUUGCGACAGCCCGUACGGGAUGCCGCUCCUCGGGUUCUCGGAUCUGGAGAUACGGCCCCUGGUCAAGGUCAACGUCGAGGCCGUAGAUCCUUCCGAUACGUCCGUGCUGGAAAAGGGCCUGGUCAAGCUGAGCCUGGCCGAUGCCGCCGUCGAAGUAACGGCCACCGCGAAGGGCGAACGAAUCCUGGCGUGCCUGGGAGAGCUCCAUUUGGAACAGUCCAUCCUGGACCUGCAAAAGGUAUACUGCGACAAGAAGGAAAUCCGGCUGCGGAUAUCGGAGCCYAUCGUGGAAUUCGGCGAAACCACGGCAUGGUUCGGCGACAACGAAUUCGACUUUGAGGGCUUUUUGUCCGAAAAGAGCCAAAACGUUCCUCCCCUGAGGCAGCUGACCAUACCGCCCUACAACGAAGAGGAAGGAAACGAAUUCGCCAAACUGGGUCGCUCGCGGACCAUUGUUUCGGGACGCGUUGCCGCGGUUACCCUGAGGGUUAUUCCCCUGGAUCGGCUGGKCUACAACUCUCUCAGAGGAGCACAGGUCAGCGAAGACAGCCUCGAUGCCAUAAAGUCCUUGGGGCGUGCAUUGGGGUUCGCAGAGGAUCUCGAUCCCGAGCUCAUAGUCAAAGCCCUGACGGACUCGUUGGUUUCACAGGACGACAGUGGAAAUGCUCUCGUCGUAAGCUCCGCCCUCGAGAGCGGGUUGACGGUUGCGGGAGUAGCAUCCGAAAACGACGAGGUGUACGUCCCCGACAAGUUUGCGACGCUCGACGCUCAAAACGAUGGCGAGGAAUACGACAAAGACGAGGAACAGAAAACCGAGGCUUGUGGUGUCCGGGAGUACGAGUCGGUUCGGAGAGAAAUACGCGGGAAUGGAUUUCUGCCAAAGACCUGCGAGCGAGAGGCACGAACGCCGGGGCCCUGCGAUGCAGCCGCACUCGAAACAUGGAAAAACCAAAUGAAGGGUUCUCUCGUUGCCGGAUUUCAGAUGGCGAUGCGGGCAGGACCAAUUUGCGAAGAGCCGGUGCGCAGUGUCUUGGUGGUCCUCGAAGGUCUGGAAGUGGCACUGAAGGAAGACCAGGGUUCCGAGGGCGGGUUUAAAACUGCCAACACAUUGAGCGGUGGAAUGAUGGCUGCCGCCCUUCGAAUAGGGAUCCGGAGUGCCCUGCUGUGAGUUCUGAUUCAAUCCUAGUGUUUUGCUACCUUCAAAAUCAUUCAUUUUCCAACGAAGCAAUGCUUUCUACGUCAACCUCAUGUUUCUUGUUGUCGGUGUCGGUGUCGUUGUCGUUGUCGUUUUUUGUUUCUUUUCCACCCAUCCACUUGAAGAUCGAGACCAGCAAGGUUGGUCGAAAGUCAUCUGAAAUUGACUCUGAAUUCUUCGUUUGCGGGCCUCGGAUCUCUCUAUCCCGUCCUGUCAAAGCGAAGAGGGAAAGUUCUCGAGGAUUCCAUGGUCGAUGGGACGGAUUUGUUGCUGAUUUCUGCAAACCUGCCUCAUGCCGAGUCGUUUGGGCUUGCACCGGAAUUGUUCCGGCUGACCAGUGGAGAGGUUACCGCGCCGGAACUUAUUUUUUCGCACUGGGAGAUCCUAGACCAAGAUCCAUUCUGGAUCCCGACCUCGCUCGAAGAACGAGAAGACUUUGGAGAGAUUUCGCAGAGCGGGGACGUGUCUACUGGAAUGGACAACACGGCACUGAACUAUAUCCGAAAGGUUCGCGAACGAAAGGGUUUGCUGGUGGAUUCCAACAAGACAGUAGUCGCCGCAGAGAAGCAGAGAACCAUCAAGCGAUAGCUGUCGAGUACGAAGUAGGUUUUAAACAGCAUAC